AGCAGUUUCAGCAUCUCUUUUUCGUUAGGUCUUAGCUCUCUCUCUCUAGCCAUGGCGGACAAGCACCAAAACGACUUCAUGGACGAAGGAGACGAUUUCAAAACCCCGCAACCUCUCGAGAAGAAGAAGAAAAAGAAGAAGAAGAAGACAACAGCAAUCGAAACAGAGAGCCCAAGAUCAAUAGACAUCACCGUGAAACAAAUCUCCGAGAAGUCCGAUAGAAUCCCUCCGAUCGUGGCCUACUUCUCCUCGGGAUACGAUCCUUCAGCACAAUCCAGAGAACCCCCGAAGGUCGCGGUUUACCAGACCGCGUCGAGGAAGAGGACCAGGGUCGUGGUGAGCCCGCAGGGGUCGAACGUGGAGUUCGUGGGUUCGAGUCACAACGGAGAGCAAAUCGCGAGGCAGACUUGUGUCAGUGUGUUGGGUGUUUUGGAUAAAGAGACUCAGACGCUGAGGAUUCUUCCCAUUGCUCACCAGAAGGUGUUGAGAUUAGAUACACGAGUUAAAGGUAAUGAAGCAGGUGAUUCAGAAGCUGCAGAGGAGGAUGGUGAAGAAGAAAAAGCUGACCCUAGCCUCCACACUUUCUGGACCAAGAGAGCUAUUUUAGAUGAUAAGAAGAGGAAAGCUAGGAUUCUAAGAGAUGAUCCCGAGGCACAGAAGGCACUUGAAGGUAAGCUUGACAAAGUGGAGGUUAACACUAGUGCUCUGGAGAACACUAGCGCCGUUGUUGCACGCAACAUUCCUCCUCACAAUGCCUCUGCGACGAAUCCGAGAGAAGCUUAUCCUAUAGAACAGAUUAUCGAAAAUGGAGAGUGGUCCUCCCUUCAGGAUGUUUACUGGCUUCUCCAAGAAGAAGCUGGAGCAGCUACCGACGGUUACCCUGCUUUUGUCCGUAACCGGUUGUACAGGUUGCGUGAUAACAAGGAUGAGAAUGAGAAGGAGACGGCUGCUGGUAUCUUAACGUUCAUCACACAUCUGAUAAAGUUCAAGGACGUAAACUCUAUGGUUGGUUUAGAAUCGGCUAGGAGCCACAGAUUCCCGCCAACCAUCCGUGAGAAAUGUAAUAGAUUGUUCAAGGAUUCUGAAACAUCCAGGUUACCUGAUGACAAGAUCAACCUUCUGAUAAGUUACGUUCUUGUGCUCACCCUUCACGUGGACAAGUUCAAGACCGACUUCGAAGACAUAGCUAAGGAUCUGAGGAUGAGCUCAGUUGAUCUGAGGAAGCAUUUUGAGAACCUUGGGUGCAAGUUCGCUGUUGAGAACUCAAUUCGUGUUGCGACGUUACCGGUUCCUCUCAAGUUCCCGCAGAUAAUGCGGAGGAGGACGAAGAGACGAUAGAAGGAGAGAUGGGCCUUGGAGAAAAGUUGUUCCGUUUGCCCACUUUUUGUUGUCGAGAUUUGAUUUUAACUUAUGUUUCUGUUGUUGGUUUAGUGACUUUUCGUGCUGAUAUGUGUUACACCACCAUAAGGGAACUUGACGAUGUAUAAGACUAUUAGCUCUGUUUUUGUUUGGUUCAAAUGUGCGGCUUCUUCUCUCUU